AUGGCAGUCGAAACCAAACCUGAAACACUUGUUGCGGAACCAUGGGCUGCACAAGAACACAAAGGUGGGUCAGAGGAGCUGGGAGUUGAACGCCCAGUCUCCAAGGACUCCGACCUUCCUUUGCUCUUGCAAGAGUUUCCGGAAGGUGGCCUUGCCGCUUGGUCCACUGCUUUUGGAGCGUUUCUCGUAUUGUUCUGCACUUGGGGCGUCAAAGUUACGUCACAUCAUUUGGUGUAUACCAAGGCUUCUCUAUUAUCCAUUGGGAGCAUCAAUGCAUUUUUAGGCACCUCUGUGAGCCUUGUAUCAGGCUCACUAUACGAUCGAGGUUAUUUACGGUGCUCAGCAGGCCUACUACCUAGUUACCAUCUUGUCGUUACCGGGUCGCUGCUACAGGGUUUCUCUCUCUUCAUGCUGUCAUUGGCGAAGCCCAAUCAGUACUAUCAGGUAUUCCUUACUCAAGGCUUAGGCUCAGGUAUCGCGGUGGGGUUGCUGUACAUCCCGAGCCUGGCCAUCGUCUCGCAUUAUUUCAAACGGAAACGCACACUGGUGAUGGCAUUCGUUACUAUGGGCUCAUCGCUGGGUGCUAUCGUCCACCCGAUUAUGCUUAAUAAUCUCCUGAAUGGGCCCCUUGGUUUUGCCAAUGGCGUACGUGCAAGUGCAGGGUUACUUAGCGCGCUCCUUCUGAUUGCAUGCUUGUGUAUGCGACCACGCCUUGAUCCGCCGACGACACCAGUGAACUAUAUCGCGGCAGCUAAAAAGUGUCUUCGUGAUGUUCCGUUCUUUUUCGCGGCAGUAGGGGCGUUUCUUUUCCAGAUUGGCUUUUACUACCCGUACUUUUUUCUUCAACUCGAUUCUACCCAACACGGUAUCGACAUCACCUUUUCAUCUUACUCUCUUGUGAUUUUAAGCGCGUCCAGCUCUGUGGGGCGACUUUCAGCAGGGUAUAUCGCAGGGUAUACAGGAGUCCUCAAUCUGACCGUGAUUUCGGCAAUCUCGUGCGGAUUGAUAAUUUUGGGCACUAUUGGAUUGAGUAGCAUGGCCAGCGUCGUUAUCAUUGGUGUGCUUUAUGGCUAUUUUUCAGGGGUGUAUACUGCGAUAGUGGGUCCACUUAUGGCUACCCUAACACACGACCCCUCUGAGCUUGGCGGGUGGAUGGGUAUCAGUUUCUUUAUUGGCGGAUUCGGAAGUUUAAUUGGAACACCCAUCUCCGGUGCCCUGCUUACAUCGCAUUACAUUUGGUGGAGACCCGCUUUGUUCUCUGGGAUCGCUGCACUGGCCGGUGCCGCAAUGUACAUUUUCAUGCGGUUCGUUCACGUUAGAUUGCAGAAGAAGAAUGAAUCCUAA